AUGUUUACUUAUUGCGAGGCAAGCUUUUGGGAGGAGGUGCAGCGUCGCCGCCAAGAGGAGCGGCAAAGGCAGCAACCAGCCAGUGAGGUGCAACUCCUCCUGCAGGAAGUCAGGAAAGAGCGCAGUGCUCGCGACGUUCAAAGUCCUUCAGGGAGCGAGGCCACAGGUCCAUCUGAGACUCGUGCAUGCAGCUCUUCCCCUCCACGCCAGGUGAGUGAGGUGCAACAAAUCCUGGCCGAAGUUCGACAAGAGAGGUUGGUCGCAGGCAAAGUUUCUCCAGCCUCCGCUCCAACAAAGCCUACGAAGAAAGAACGAGCAGAACCAAGAAAGGUUUCUGCCGUUUCCCCUGUCCGGAAGCAGCUUUUCGAGCGCACGCUGCCGGCGCCACGUGUGCCACGCGUGCCACGUGUGCCACGUGUGUCACACGUCCCACUUUCACCGCCGCGGGUGCUGUCCCAAAGUUUGAAGACUUCGAAGACCGAAGAGACGACCUUGGGGCGAAACAGCAGAAGCUCCACCAGGAGAGAGAGCCCGCCGCCUACAAGGCGCCAUGAACUGGGAUCUUUGGGCCGGUGCACUGGGAGCUGGUCUGCCCAACUUCGCAGUUACUCACCGACUGGAGCUCAAGAUGAGCCAGAAGUUGGCGAUCGAUUUGGUAAAACUGUGGUGCGGGCAUAUCCGGCAGGUGGUUGGGACAAUCGAACGAGCUGCCCGACUUACUUUGAUGAAUUUCCUGGUGGAGUAAUCAAGCGGCAUACUGUAAACGAGGCUUCGUGCCCAAGUUUGCGGCUCUCGAGAACUUCCAGGAGCCGAAGUGUUUCCCCGGUUUCUCCGAAGCAGCAAUGCAGCACGGUCAGCACUCCGGAGCGCUUCAAGGAGUUGCUGAAGGAUGCGCAGAAAGCAGUCCUCAGGGCAACAGAGAACACAACCUCCAAAGAGGAAACACACGAGGUUUCAGGGACGUGA